GUCGUAUGUAAAUAUUUCCAUUAGCCUCCCGAAAAAUGCGGCUAAAGUACAGAACACUUCUACGGUUAUUAGAUUCAGUUAAUUAAGCUGAGAGAAAAACAAGAGGGAGAAACAGAAAAUUUAAUCACAAGAGAAGAGAAGAAGAGCUGCAUAUACCUCAUUUAGGUUUCUCCCUUUUCAUCUUCUUUCUCCAACUCCAAUAUUUCUUCAUUCUUUUGAUUAUUCUCUCAUUGCAAACCUGAAUCUUUCAAACAUUCCCAUCAGUCUUUCACAAAAAUUCAAUAUAACAUCAGGUUAACACUGCCAUCCUUGUGAAUUAAUUGAAGAGAAAAAUAAUUUCUUUUUUGAGGCUUACAACUCAUGGGUCCAAGCAAGCUUAGAAAAGCAAUAGGGGCAGUGAAGGACCAAACGAGCAUAAGUUUGGCCAAAGUUGGCAGCAGCGCCUCCUUGUCCGAUCUUGAAGUAGCCAUUGUGAAGGCAACACGACACGAAGAGUACCCACCGGAGGAGAGGCAUAUAAGGGAAAUUCUAAGCUUGACUUCUUAUUCUCGAGCCCAUGUUGGUGCAUGUGUCAGUUUCCUUUCCAGACGCCUUAGCAAGACCAAGAAUUGGGUUGUGGCGCUCAAGGCACUCAUGUUGAUCCAUAGGCUGCUGUGUGAUGGUGAUCCAUCUUAUGAGGAAGAGAUUUUCUUUGCCACAAGGCGUGGAACCAGGCUUCUUAACAUGUCUGAUUUUCGUGACUCAAGAUCUAAUUCAUGGGAUUGUUCUGCAUUUGUACGAUCGUAUGCUUUGUAUCUUGAUGAACACUUGGAGUUUAAGAUGCAGAACCGCAGAGGAAAACGCAGUGCAUUCGCGUACAACGAUGAUGAAGAAGAGGUCCGUCAUAAUGCCAGGGGAAUGAAAGCCACUCCUUUGAGGGAAAUGAAGAAUGAUCGAGUUUUCUCAAGGAUUCAUCAUCUCAUGCAGCUUCUUGAGCGAUUCUUAGCUUGUCGACCUGCAGGUUCGGCAAAGAACAACAGGGUCGUGAUUGUGGCUCUUUAUCCAUUAGUAAAGGAAAGUUUCCAGCUAUACUAUGAUUUAACAGAAGUCACGACUAUCCUGUUUGAUAAGUUCAUAGAACUAUCAAUCCCCGAUUCUGUAAAGGUUCUUGAGAUUUUCUUCAGAAUUAAUAAGCAAUAUGAGGAGAUCGAGCAGUUCUACGAUUGGGGUAAAACAGUUGGAAUUGCACGCACUUCUGAAUAUCCAGAUAUUGAGAUCAUUCCACCAAAAAAACUCGAGCGUAUGGAUGACCUUAUACGAGAAAAGUCCUUUAUGGAACAGACCAGGAAGGCAAUGCGCAACGAACCAACUGCUGAGCACGUUGAAGAAACUAAAAGGCAAGAACCUAAAACUGAACCGGAAGAGGACAUGAAUGCAAUUAAGGCAUUACCAGCACCAGAGGUACCCGAAGAAACAGAAGAAAGUACAGAGGAAGAGGAAAAGAAAGAGGUGGCGAAAACCCAAGAAGUAGGAGACUUGUUAAACUUGAGUGAAGAUGUUCCAACUUCAGAAGAACAUGGAGAUCAACUGGCAUUAGCGCUGUUUGAUGAUGGUCAAGCAACGACCAAUCCUGCAACAAGCAUUUCACCAUGGCAGGCAUUCAACGAUACAGGAGAUUGGGAGACAGCACUGGUUCAGUCUGCGAGUCAUUUGUCAAACCAGAAGGCCUCCCUCCCCGGAGGCUUUGACUCAUUAAUGCUUAAUGGAAUGUACCAACAAGGAGCAGUGGCUCAGGCAGUAGCCUGCUCAGGUGUUGUGGCUACUGGAAGUGCAAGCAGCGUCGCACUUGGCUCAGCAGGACGGCCAGCAAUGCUAGCAUUGCCUGCACCUCCGAUCGCAAAUGGUGGAGCUAGUACAGCGGUACCAGGCACAGAUCCGUUUGCAGCAUCACUGGCAAUAGCUCCACCAGCAUAUGUUCAGAUGUCAGAGAUGGAGAAGAAACAGAGACUGCUAGUGGAAGAGCAGUUAAUGUGGCAAGAGUAUCAGAAAAAUGGAAUGCAAGGUCAGGUUGGAUUUGCCACGGCACAACCAAACCCUUACCCUUACAACAUUGGUGGUUACAGGCAAACUUUCUAAAGUUUUCAAUAAUAAGAUACACAACAAUGUAAUGUCAUUUUCCCUGUGGUCAGCGGUAUCUCAGUAAAAACGCAAGACACGAAAUUCAAUAGAAAGAAAGUGGCAUUCUGGAAGAAGAGCAAUCCAAGCUCACAUCUAACCAGUGUCUGCAUUGCCAGCUGUCUCAGAAAGUCAGCUAAGCUACAACAUUGAGAUAUGAGAACUGCAAAAACUACAUGUAGACAAUAUCCAUUAUCAGUGUACAGAAUGCAACAUUUUCUUAAAACAAAUUGCUAGCGUCGCCUUAUUCUUUCUACUAGGAAACAGCCUCCCUACCCGUCACAAGGUAGGGGUAAGGUCUGCGUACACUCUAC